AUGGCGUCGCUGGACGAGACGAAGAAGUCGAUAGAGGAGCUCGGCUACUUUUGUCAACAGGAUCCCGACGUAGGACAACGAGUUGAUGCGAUUUUUGAAGAAAUCGGGUAUCACUUCAGGAACAAACCCGGCUUGACAUUCAUCAAGACCAACAUAUUCGAAAACCAGAAGAAAGUCCGGUCCACUGUUGAAUCCUUCUUCCCGAAAUCUUCCUUGGCUGCCAUAAAGUCAUUCGGGCCAACCGAUUACGACUGCUGUUUUAUAAAUCGGUUUCAUCCAGAGCUCAGGGUCUUGAUGGUCAACUUGUGGACGAGUGAUUCGGUCGUCAUGUUCCACGUUCGCUCCCAUAACAAUCACCUCAUCGCCCAAGCGGCCCCAAAUGGCUUGCUGAAAAUACCCCCAGAGAGUCUCGGUCUUCCUGGGAUCUUCAGUAGGACUGUGGUAAUGAAGAGGGGUGGCUUGUCCAUCAUGGAUGCCAGGACUGGGUUUAAGAUAUUUAAAGGCCGGACCAUCACCUUCGCGUUUGUCGUACCCGACGAGCUUCCAUACUGGGCCAAGAUGGGGUGGGCGUAUACCUUGAGUGCCAGUCUGGCGGAAAGACGUGGUCUGUCAAUGGAAUAUUCGCCUCUGCAGGAUGCGCCCACAAAGCUUGCCUCCACGAUACUCAGCCUCGAGUACGCUUCCCCAAGCGAGCUGAGAUGGUGGAAAGCCAUUGCGGCGCCUGGACGCGGAUGGUUCACCACAGAGUCAAAGAUAUCCCCUUCGGCUGUCGUGGUUCAGGUUGGAGGCAACAACGAGAGCAACCAGCGUCCACCAACAGCGCGGCAAGCAGCUCACUACCUAUCACGAUUCUGCGAAGCUUAUGACCUGGGCUCCCAGUGUUCAGCUGCCUUUGCUGCAGCUCUGACAAUCCCACUUCACGCCAGUGUCAACUCUUUCAACCCGGUCCGAAUCGAGUUACCGAAACCGUCAUUCACCACUUACCACGGGUUUGCAGAGCCCUCACGAUGCCCACCAAAUGAGUUUGAUCUGAUCGGCCACUAUAUGACCUUGAGCAUGUGUCCAUGGGUCUUGGGUCCUUCGCUUUGCAGCGUGUUUUGGAGUCCAGAUGUUCCAUGCAACCACGCUGGAGCCUGGAUACAGCCCAUUACUGACAUGUUGGAGCCCAUUGUCCAGAACAACGAUAUGGAGCUCCUUUACAGAGCUAUGUUGUUCAGUCCAACGUCGCCGCUAUGGCUCGGACUUGCUAUCUGUGGUCGCAGGACAGUUAUCAACUGCAUUCUGCGAUCCUUGACCAAGCUACUCGAUUAUCCCUUCUCUCGUCCAAAUAUCGACGCUGCGGUAUGGACAGGUAUGGCUCAGUCCUUCAUGGAUACUGGCCUAUCAGGUCCUUCUCCCGACGGCAUGGUUCUGAGGGCAGAUGUGUGGCGGAUGCGACAUGACUUUUCGCACCUCUACUCCAACGAGACCUUUUCCACCACUCCACCCUAUGGAUGGCUACCUUUUGGAAGUAUGCGGCCUGAAGAUAUCGAACUUGAGAUCCGUGAUCAUCUAGCUUGCUCGCACCAAUGGAAAUACUCUCAUUGGACUUGGUCGCAGAGCGGUGAAACCGACACGGGCCUCUUCUCGAGGGGCAUGCGGAUCCAUCAUUCGCCUCAAGGCUUCGCAGCUGCUGAGGCAGAGGGCAAAUUCAAAAUCAGAGACGUUGAAGCAGCGCUGGGAAUCUCGCGCACGGCCACUGAGUCUACUUUUUGGUGGUGUUGUGACCAAGUCGAGCAAGGCUUCGGUGGCACUAUUGUUCCCCACCGUUUUGGACGUGAUGAAGGAUAA